AUGCCCCUGUGGCAGCUGCUUCUCCAUGCACGGCAGCGGUGCUUGCCUCGGACACCUCAGCUCUCCGGACUCCUCUUUCUUUGCCGCGAACUCUCCAUCCUCCCUUCCAAAGCCUUGGCUGCACCACCGCAGCGCCAGUCUCCAUAUGUUCAAGUCCGACUGCCCCAAAGCUCACCUCAGUCCAGUUCUGACCUUCUUGGGUCCGGCUUCCACAUUGAUGUGGUUGACUCCGACCUCUGGGCCCCGUCCUUCGGCUUCUCUUCAGAGGCCACAAGGGGCAAUGAGUACCUGGAUGACCUCCACCGGAAUGACGACAGUGAAGUGCAAGACUUUAAUGAUGAGAUCGAUGACAUGCGGCACCGCAAGAAGUUGUUCUACAAGCUGGACCGACAAUCCAAGGAGUACGAGGAGAACAGCCUGCCCUUGCGCCGAAGCAAGAAUAGGGACAAAAGCAAUGCCAAGAACCCAAAGGAAUGCAAGGUGGAGCCUGCCAAGUCUGUUUCUUCCAAUGCUCCAAAGCCAACAAAGCGUGCAAUUAGAGAUGAUGACAUGGUUGAGGUGAAGCGGGAACGGAUGCCAACGUUCAACCAGAUGACUGAUCCUUACCACCACCCUUUCUGCCUCGAUAUACAUGUUACAAAGGGGUCAGUGCGUGCUUGCUUUGUGCACCGAGUGACGAGCAGGGUGGUUGCGGUUGCACACUCUAUAUCAAAGGAUAUGAAGUUUGAUCUUGGUUCAAAGAAGGGUAAGGGUAUGAAGGCAUGUGCGGCAGUUGGUGCAUUGCUUGCAAAGCGUGCGUUAGAGGAUGAUAUUCACAACGCACUGUAUACACCAAGGAAAGGGGAUAGGAUUGAAGGAAAAAUUAAGGUUGUGUUGCAUGCAAUUAUUGAGAAUGGAGUUGAUGUGAAGGUGAAACUGAAGCAAAGAAAGCCGAUAAAGGCACUACAUAUCAAGUAUGGCAUAUUCAGUACUUCUACUUCAUCAAAGUAUUAA